AUGGGGUCAGAACCAUCUUCGGGCAGGAAGGAGCAUGACAGGUCAAAAAGAUUAAAGAAACUCAAGAGAUGUGAGGAGGUUUGUUUUAAGGAACAGGGUGGGAAAACUACAAGGGUGACACCAAGAAGGAAUCCGGAAAAGUCUGAGGAUCAUGUUGAAAUCCCGGGUACUCAGAUUUCUUCUAACAAAGUGCCAGUUGUGCAGCACCCACACCAUGUACACCCUCUUACGCCGCUUAUCACGUACAGCAAUGAGCAUUUCACACCGGGAAACCCUCCUCCACACUUACCAGCUGAUGUAGAUCCCAAAACAGGAAUUCCAAGGCCUCCACAUCCUCCAGAUAUAUCUCCUUAUUAUCCAUUAUCACCGGGCACUGUAGGACAAAUCCCCCAUCCGCUAGGAUGGUUAGUACCACAGCAAGGUCAGCCAGUGUACCCAAUCACGACAGGGGGUUUCCGCCACCCUUACCCAACAGCUCUGACCGUCAAUGCUUCCAUGUCAAGGUUUCCUCCACACAUGGUCCCGCCACACCAUAGUUUACAUACAACUGGAAUCCCUCAUCCGGCCAUAGUCACACCAACAGUCAAACAGGAAUCUUCCCAGAGCGACGUUGGCUCACUCCACAGCUCAAAACAUCAGGACUCCAAAAAAGAAGAAGAGAAAAAGAAGCCACACAUAAAGAAACCUCUUAAUGCAUUUAUGUUGUAUAUGAAGGAAAUGAGAGCAAAAGUUGUAGCAGAAUGCACAUUGAAGGAGAGCGCAGCCAUCAACCAAAUCCUCGGUCGAAGGUGGCAUGCGUUAUCCAGAGAAGAACAAGCGAAAUACUAUGAACUAGCAAGAAAGGAACGACAGCUUCACAUGCAGCUGUACCCAGGCUGGUCUGCACGGGAUAACUAUGGAAAGAAGAAGAAGAGGAAAAGGGAUAAGCAGCCAGGAGAGACCAAUGAACACAGCGAAUGUUUCCUAAAUCCUUGCCUUUCACUUCCUCCGAUUACAGACCUGAGCGCUCCUAAGAAAUGCCGAGCGCGCUUUGGCCUUGAUCAACAGAAUAACUGGUGCGGCCCCUGCAGGAGAAAAAAAAAGUGCGUUCGCUACAUACAAGGUGAAGGCAGCUGCGUCAGCCCCCCCUCUUCAGAUGGAAGCUUACUAGACUCUCCUCCGUCCUCUCCCGCCAUGCUUGCCUCCCCCUCCAGAGACUCGAAACCACAGACUGAACAAACGCAACCCCUCUCGCUCUCAUUGAAGCCUGACCCGCUGGCACACCUGGUCAUGAUGCCGCCCCCAUCCUCGCUCGUCCUCGCUGAGAGCGCUGCGAGCAAGCCCGGCGCCCUGCCUUCCGCCAGCUGCCCCAACGGGGCCCUGGACCACCCGCCGGCUGCCCUCCCGCAGGCCACCACUGCCGCUGCAUCCCUAGCACAGCCCUCAACAUCCUCCUCCUUGCAUUCCCACAGCUCGCUGGCAGGGACACAGCCCCAGCCGCUCUCCCUCGUAACCAAGCCCUUAGAAUAG